AUGCCGCCCGCGAAGAAGAAGACCAAGACGACGACGACCAAGAAGGUCCCCGCCGCCGCCGCCGCCGCCGCGGGACGCUCGCUGACCGAUCUGAACGACGAGACGCUCGAGCGCGUCGCGUCGUUCCUCUCGCCCCCGUCCGUGUACAACCUCGCGCGCGCGUCGAAAAAGACGUUCUGGGCCGAACGCGACGACGGCGCCCCGCCGCUCGGGACGACGCUCGCGCAGGCCGCGCUGAGGCGGCAGCUCGCGCGCGUCGUCAGGGCGGUGACGAGGCGCCGCGCGCCGCGCGACGACGGUCGCCCCGCGUUCGAGCUGAUGGACGUGUUCCCGGACGAGCUCGUCCCGAAGGACGCGCGCGAGGCGCCUCGGGCGCUGCUCUCGGGCUCCGUCGCCGUCCAGGCCGCGAUAGGCGUGGGCGGAGACGAGACGGAGGACGAGGAGGAGGAGGAGGACGAGGUUGAAGAUAACGACGACGACGACGACGACGACGACGACGACGACGGCGACGACGGCGGCGACGACGACGACGACGACGACGACGAGAAGGAACCGUGGGCCGGCGCGGACGUCGACGUCUUCUGCACGUUCGAAGCCGCGCCGUUCGUGCGUCGGCGGCUCAUCGAACGCUGCGGCCUCGUCUGCUCCGGCGUGGACAACGACUACAUGCAGCAGCGCAGCGACGCGGACUACGACGCGCCCGGGUCGUCGCUGAACGCGAUCAGUCACGUAGAGAGCUACUCGGCGAGACCGACGUCGGGGGUCACGACGGAUCGCGGCGACUACGAAGACCUGGACGACGAUCUGGAAUACGCCAGCGACGCGUACUACGAGAAAGCGAAGGCGUGGGGCGCGGCGGCGGUGAAACAAUCGCGCGGCACCGAUCGCGAUCCGCAUUUCUUCACCUUUCUCGUCGGCAGGCCGGACGGCAGCGGCGACGGCGGCGACUUUCUGUACGACUACGAGCUCCGCGACGAGAAAUUCGUGCAGCUCGUCGUCGGCUUGCCUCGCGUGAAGGACGCGCGCGAGCUUCUCGAGUCGUUCGACCUCGAGAUAUGCAAGUGCUCGUUCGACGGCCGGACGUCCCGCGUCCCCGCGCCGGAGAACACGUUCGCGUCGAGAACGGUCGUCACGCCCGCGAGGCGCGCGCUCGUCGACGACUUCAUGGAGAAACGCGAGAAGUGGGCCGCGAACGUGACGGAAACGAUCGCCAACUACGACUGCAACGUGGCCAUCGCGCUGGCGAAGAUGACGAAAAAAGUGUGGAAGGACCUCGGCGUCAAUCCAUUUAAGGAGGACGGGACUAAAGGAGGGCUGUUCGACCGAAGCCGAGUCGACUUCGCUCGCAAGUACACCUUCCUCACCACGCUCAUCAAGCGGAUGCAAAAGUACGCCCGCCGCGGCGUGGAGAUUCUAGACCCGCCGAGCGGCGCUUUGGAAUGGGACGUCGUCGAGUUCGUCGAAGGGUGA